UCUGGCUGCCUUUUGCGUUUACAGUCACGUUGCAUCGUAAGGAUUGGUUCAGGUUCAGGGUGGAGCAAUGGAGCAAUAGGAAGAAAUCCAGCAAUAAUCUAACGUGGUCUCCCUACAAACUGAUGGCGCCCAUAUUGGUGAUGCUACCCCACAGCAUCUUCUUCCUGGCUAGUGUGCAUUGGGUGACACAGAACGCGCAAGAUUUUCUCCUUGCUCCCACCUUAACCUUUGGAGGGAUCCUUUCCUUUUUCACACCGUGUUAGUCACUUACCUUCACAAGGAUUUUGCUAGCAUUUCAUAAUGGCUCAUGCAGCUUCCCAGCUAAAGAAGAAUAGGGAUAUAGAUAUCAAUGCAGCUGAGGAUGAAAAGGAGAAGAAGAGGAAAAGCAGGAAACAAUCGCGGGAUCAAAAGAAAAAGUCUGAUAGCAAUGCCAGUUAUCUGAGAGCUGCCCGGGCAGGGAACUUGGAAAAGGCUCUUGACUACCUGAAGACAGGAGUAGACAUCAACAUCUGCAACCAAAAUGGGUUGAAUGCGCUUCACCUGGCUUCCAAAGAGGGCCAUGUGGAGAUUGUUGCAGAGCUCCUGAAGCUUGGGGCCGAUGUGGAUGCAGCAACAAAGAAAGGAAACACCGCUCUACAUAUAGCCUCCCUUGCAGGCCAAACCGAAGUGGUCAAAGAACUGGUGAAGAGUGGAACAAAUGUCAAUGCUCAGUCUCAGAACGGUUUCACGCCGCUGUACAUGGCAGCUCAGGAGAAUCACCUGGAGGUGGUGCAGUUCCUGCUGGAGAACGGCUCCAGUCAAAGCAUCGCCACCGAGGACGGUUUCACCCCCUUAGCGGUGGCUUUGCAGCAGGGCCACGAUCAGGUGGUGUCCCUGUUGCUGGAGAACGACACCAAGGGCAAAGUGCGUCUACCCGCCCUUCACAUCGCGGCCCGCAAGGACGACACCAAGGCAGCUGCUCUGCUCCUGCAGAACGACCACAAUGCUGAUGUGGAGUCCAAGAGUGGCUUCACCCCUCUCCACAUCGCGGCGCAUUACGGCAACAUCAACGUGGCCACGCUGCUGUUGAAUCGCGGGGCAGCGGUGGACUUCACAGCGAGGAAUGACAUCACUCCUUUGCAUGUGGCGGCUAAGAGAGGGAAUGGAAACAUGGUCAGAUUACUGUUGGACCGAGGAGCUAAAAUAGACGCCAAAACCAAGGAUGGACUGACACCUUUACAUUGUGGAGCACGAAGUGGCCACGAGCAGGUGGUGGAGAUGCUCCUGGACCGCGGAGCCCCAAUUUUGUCGAAAACAAAGAACGGGCUGUCACCCCUCCACAUGGCAACGCAAGGGGACCACCUGAACUGUGUUCAGCUCCUGCUUCAUCACAACGUGCCUGUGGACGAUGUCACCAAUGAUUACCUGACAGCGCUGCAUGUUGCAGCUCACUGCGGACACUACAAGGUGGCCAAGGUUAUCGUAGACAAGAAAGCCAAUCCUAAUGCUAAGGCUCUGAAUGGUUUUACACCCUUGCAUAUUGCUUGCAAGAAGAAUCGUGUUAAAGUAAUGGAACUUCUGCUGAAACAUGGAGCUUCUAUCCAAGCUGUGACGGAGUCGGGACUUACACCAAUUCAUGUGGCUGCAUUUAUGGGACAUGAAAAUAUUGUGACUCAACUAAUGCAUUAUGGUGCUUCACUGAACACAAGCAAUGUGAGGGGGGAGACUGCACUCCACAUGGCUGCAAGGGCUGGCCAGUCAGACGUGGUCAGGCUCCUGCUGCAGAAUGGGGCCAAGGUGGACACCAAAGCCAAGGAUGACCAGAUGCCGCUGCACAUCUGCAGCCGCACAGGCAAGGCUGACAUAGUCCAGCAGCUGCUGAAGCACGGGGCCUCGGCAAACGCCUGCACCACAUCGGGAUACACGCCGCUGCACCUGGCGGUCCGCGAAGGCCACGAGGACGUGGCAGGCGUGCUGCUGGCGCACGAGGCCUCGCUCUCAGCCACCACAAAGAAAGGAUUUAGUCCUUUACACGUGGCAGCGAAGUAUGGAAAGAUUGAAGUGGCUAAUCUGCUUCUUCAGAAGAGAGCAUCACCAGAUGCAGCAGGAAAGAGUGGUCUAACUCCACUGCAUGUAGCGGCACAUUAUGAUAACCAGAAAGUUGCCCUCCUUCUGCUGGACCAAGGAGCUUCACCCCAUGCAACUGCCAAGAAUGGCUAUACCCCUCUGCAUAUCGCUGCCAAGAAGAAUCAAAUGGACAUUGGCACCACGCUGCUGGAGUAUGGAGCAGAUACCAGUGUAGUGACACGGCAGGGCAUUAGCCCUGUGCACCUAGCUGCACAGGAGGGCAAUGCAGACAUGGUGUCCCUGCUGCUGACCAGGAAUGCCAACGUCAACCUGGGCAACAAGAGCGGUCUGACACCUCUCCACCUAGCAGCUCAAGAGGAAAAACUUAAUGUUGCUGAGGUUCUGAUCAAACACGGAGCAAAUGUUGACCCUCAGACAAAGAUGGGUUACACUCCAUUACACGUGGCCUGUCACUAUGGAAAUGUUAGGAUGGUAAACUUCCUUUUACAGCAUCAGGCUAACAUCAAUAUGAAAACAAAGACUGGUUAUACGCCCCUUCAUCAGGCAGCUCAACAAGGCCACACCCACAUAAUCAACGUCCUGCUUCAGUACGACGCCUCACCCAAUGACCUUACAAUGAAUGGAAACACUGCAUUGUCCAUAGCCAGGAGACUGGGCUACAUUUCCGUCGUGGAUACUCUAAAGGUAGUGACUGAGGAGACGAUGACCACCAUGAUAGUAAAUGAAAAACAUAAAAUGAAUGUACCAGAAACCAUGAAUGAGUUCCUGGACAUGUCAGAUGAUGAGGGUGAGGAUGCGAUGACCGGCGAUACUGAUAAAUACUUGCGGCCCCAAGAUCUGAAAGAAUUAGGGGACGAUUCGCUUCCUCAAGAGGGUUACAUGGGGUUCAGUAUAGGAGCUCGAUCUGCAAGUUCAGAUAGGUCCAACACCCUGAACAGGAGCUCUUUUGCUCGGGACAGCAUGAUGAUUGAGGAGCUUCUGGUGCCCACUAAGGAUCAGCUCCUGGGUGCCAGUAAGGACCUUUCCUUCAUUGUCGAUCCUCAAAAUAAGCAUCUGACGGUGACCAGGGAGUAUGAUGCCGACUCGCUCAGACGCUACAGCUGGGCUGCGGAAACCCUCGAAAACGUCAAUCUCGUCUCCAGUCCCGUCCACUCAGGGUUCCUGGUGAGCUUUAUGGUUGAUGCCCGGGGGGGCUCCAUGCGAGGCAGCCGCCACAAUGGCCUGCGCAUCGUCAUCCCUCCCCGUAAGUGCACAGCCCCCACGCGCAUCACGUGUCGCCUGGCGAAGAAGCAUAAGCUAGCCUGCCUGCCCCCCAUGGUGGAAGGAGAGGGGCUGGCAAGCCGUCUGGUGGAAGUGGGCCCAGCGGGAGCACACUUUCUCGGACCUGUUAUUGUGGAGAUUCCCCACUUCGGCUCGUUGAGAGGGAAGGAGAGAGAGCUGAUUAUUCUCCGAAGCGAGAAUGGUGACACGUGGAAAGAGCACCAUUACGACUGCAGAGCAGAGGAACUCCGCAAGCUUCUCAACGGGAUGGAUGAAGAAUUGGACAGCAGAGAUGAGCUGGACAAGAAGCGCAUCUGCCGGAUUGUUACCAGGGAUUUCCCCCAGUACUUUGCGGUGGUGUCCCGGAUCAAGCAAGAAAGCAAUCACAUAGGUCCAGAGGGUGGAGUGCUGUCCAGUGUAACUGUUCCAAAGGUCCAGGCAUCUUUCCCACCAGGGGCUCUGACCAAAAGGAUUCGAGUUGGCCUACAGGCCCAACCCGUCCCAGAAGACCUGGUAAAGAAUGUUAUGGGGAGCAGGGCUGUCUUCAGUCCUAUUGUAACUGUGGAGCCGAGGAGAAGGAAAUUCCACAAGCCGAUCACAAUGACCAUCCCUGUCCCACGUUCCUCAUGGCUGAGGAGUCAUGGCGACAAAGCGGGACCCACCCCCUGCCUGCGGCUUUUGUGCAGCAUAACAGGAGGGACUUCCCCGGCUCAGUGGGAAGAUAUUACAGGCACCACUCCUCUCUCUAUUGUAACAGACUCUGUCUCUUUUACCACAAAUGUAUCUGCAAGGUUCUGGCUUGCCGACUGCCUUCAUAUUGCGGAAACUGUAAGUCUAGCAUCUCAGCUCUACAGGGAAUUGAUCUGUGUGCCGUACUUGGCAAAGUUUGUGGUAUUUGCCAAAAUGAAUGACCCCAUGGAAUCCUACCUGCGGUGCUUUUGUAUGACUGAUGACAAAGUAGACAAGACUCUGGAACAACAGGAGAAUUUCGAGGAGGUGGCUAGGAGUAAAGACAUUGAGGUUUUGGAAGGCAACCCCAUUUUUGCUGACUGCUACGGCAAUUUGUCUCCCCUGGCAAAAACUGGACAGCAGCUUGUUUUCAGUUUUUAUGCUUUCAGAGAGAACAGACUUCCAUUCUGCGUGAAGGUCAGAGACAAUAGCCAAGAACCUUGCGGUCGACUUUCAUUUUUAAGAGAGCCAAAAACUAGCAAAGGUCUUCCACAUACUGCUAUCUGCAAUUUAAACAUCACAUUGCCGACACAUAAAAAGGAAAUGGAGUCAGAACAAGAUGAUGAGACUGAAAAACCAGAGCGACGCCACACUUUCGCAUCACUAGCCUUACGUAAGCGCUACAGCUAUCUGGCCGAGCCAGCAAUGAAAACAGUUGACCGAAGUGCAGCAAGAACAGUGCCUGCUGGUUGCUCUUACAAACCAAUCUUUUCACCAAGAUCUUACCAGGCGUGGUCGACGGCUCCUGUUACCACCACUGGGCAAGCCAAAUAUGGAUUUGGUUCCCUCUCCAGCUCGUCGUCCAACACACCAUCUGCCUCACCAUUAAAGUCAGUGUGGUCAAUUACCUCUGCAUCUCCAAUCAAGUCCACCCUAGGAGCUUCAACUGCCUCUUCCAUCAAGUCAGUUAACGAUAUAGCAUCACCUAUCAGGUCGUAUAGGACUACUUCAUCACCGAUAAAGGCUGUAGUUCAGCAAGCUCAAUACCCUGUGCCAGUCUCCACUGUUCUGAUGUCCUCUCCAGUUAAAUCUUUGUCUGAUUCUGUGUAUGUUAAAGGACUCACAUCAUCAUUGUCUUCGAGGACUUCAUCUAUUACAACAGCAGGGUCUCUGCUGGAGAGGUCUUCAAUUACUAUGACACCACCUGCUUCUCCAAAAUCUGCACUAAACAUGUACAGUUCAAGUAUGCCGUUUAAGUCUACCUUGUCCCCUACGGGACUCAUGACGUCUUCCUCUGCAAAGUCCCUAUCUUGCCUGUCCUCCGGUAAAUCUACGGCAGAUUCUGCUGGAGCAUCCAGCAGACGGCUGGCUCCAUCUCUCUCUCUAUCCGUCAAAUCCUCAGUUCCUCCCUCAGCAGCUGCUCUGAUUAAUGGAUCAGUUUCACCUGUUAAAUACCGUAACCCGUCAACAAACUUUCUGCACUUAGGGAAUUCGAACAGUUUACAAGAAAGGAUACAAGCAACUAAUAAUGCUGUAACAACAAGUGUCAGUGCAGCCAUCGAGGAAGCAGAAAAAACCUUUAAUUCAUGCUCUGCAUCAGGCUAUGGCACAUUGAAAUCCACGUCUUCUUCAGCAUCUUCAUACCAGUCAGUUCGAUCUCCUGCUUCGAAUUCCAUUUAUGCCUCUUUGAGGUCUCCAGCUUCUUCCACCACAUCUGUCACAUCAAGUACAAUAACUGUGCCAGUGUAUUCUGUUACAAAUGUUUUGCCAGAACCAAAAUUCCCUGACGUGUCCAAAGCCACAAAUUCACUUUUGUCCCCUAUAAAAAAUAUGUCAGCACAAGUACAUACCCAAGACACGUCAUCAUUUUCAAGAACUUUGUCACCAGUCAAGUCUUCUGUGUUAAACUCUGCCAUUCCUCUAAAAUCUUCGGGUUCUGCUUCAUUGACAACUAGCCAAGAAAUACUAAAGGAUGUUGCAGAAAUGAAGGAAGACUUAAUAAGGAUGUCUGCUAUUUUACAGACCGAGUCCAGUUCAGCAGCUAAAGACUAUAUCUCAGACAAUCAAAAACAGCUGCCAGUUGAAGAUGAUGAACCAUACAGACUGGUGGAGAAGGUUAAAGAAGAUCUAGUUAAAGUCAGUGAAAUCUUAACAAAAGAUACACGGACUGAAAACAGAGCUAUUAAAACUAAAACAAUGGAAGAUGGCUGGGUGGAGUUUACAAAGGAUGAAAUAGAGGAAGCCCAACAAAAUGGCUGGAGAUUUCCUCAAAGUUACAACACAGAUUCCUAUCAAAUAAGAGAGAAAUCCAUAUCUGAUAGAGAUUUUAAUUUAGCCAAAGUGGUCGACUACUUGACAAACGACAUUGGCGGAAGUUCUUUUUCGAAGAUCUCAGAUAUAAAGCAUAGGUAUGAUGAACUGAAAAAAGACGGGGAGGAAAAAGCAAAGCGAAUUCUUAAACCUGCAAUAGCAUUACAGGAACACAAGCUUAAAAUGCCACCCUCAAAUAUGCGGUCUGUGGCUUCCGAGAAAGAGUUCUGUAAACUUACGGAUGUUUUAUUUGGUACUGAAGUCAUAGAAUGUCCUGAUGACAUAUCUCAUGACCAUGAUAAGAGCCCCCUUUCAGAUAGUGGUUUUGAGACGAGAAGUGAAAAGACCCCAUCAGCUCCUCAAAGUGCAGAAGGAAAUGGACCCAAGCCUCUCUUUCAUGAUGUUCCCAUUCCGCCUGUUAUCACAGAGACACGAACCGAGGUUGUUCAUGUCAUAAGAAGCUAUGAGCCCCCCGAAGAAGAGCAGGAUCCCUUUAAGGAGAAAGUAAAUGUACUGACUGUACCUUCUUGUGUAGAGAAAGAGACGAAAGUUAAUGGAUUUGUUAAAGACAAAGUGAAGUCAUCUCAACUUAAAGUCACUGCUGACGAAGACCUUGUUGUGAGCAAAGGUAUGUGCGUUAAAGAAGAAACUCAUAUCACAACUACAACCCGAAUGGUUUAUCACAAGCCCCCCAGCAAUGAUUCUGAGAGGACUGAUGAAACAAAGUCAGUUCGAGACAUAGUGAAAGCAUUCCAAUCUGGUUGGGAUUCUUCUAGAGAGCUAACUGGCUUAUUUGAGAAUAAGGCUGCAAGUUAUUGUCAAAUAGGAAGUGAAACAUCUCCACUUCUUCAUGAGAGAGACAAUUUAAAACCCAAAGUUGAAAGAAUCAUCGAGGUUCACAUUGAAAAGGGAAAUAAGGCAGAACCAACGGAGGUUAUCAUUCGUGAAACACGUCAACCUCCAGAGGAGAAAUACAUUUACAAGGCAAAUAAUAGAAUAAAAGAACUAUCAGACAAAAUGGACAAUGACUUUGAAGCACAACAGGAAGAGAAUGAAUUUACUGCUGAAGAAUGUAUUCCGAUGUGCGUAGAGUCAUCCAGAGUUAAUACCCAUGUGUCUCAGGAAGAAGACAGUCGUCCAGAUUCUGCACAUCUUGUCAUUGAUGACUCAUAUAAAUCCUUCAAGUUACUAAGUCAUGAUGAUAAGUCAUCAGAACUGAGGAGAGAGUCCUAUAGAAUUGCUGAGAAGGUACUUUCUGAGAAAUUAGGCAUAUCUCAUUCUGACGACAAGGUUUCAGUGGCUGAUUCCCGCAACAUCCAGAGUGCAGGUAUGCUGGACUCAAGUCGUUGUUAUACCGAGAGAAUGUCUGCCAUUCCCAGUAAAGAAGUUAUCAUGAAUCUGUCAACAAAAGUGGCUGAUAAGUCGGGUAAACCUGUCAAUACAAAUGAUCACUUUGACAAACUGACAGUGUUGCAUUACAAUGCUGAGCCUGGUACUUCAAAGCGCACUUUCUGUAUGCAGUUCAAUGAAAACAAUUAUAACAAAAGAGAAGAAAAACGCGUUUUUGAAGACAGAGUAGAUCAGACUGUAAAGGAAGCUGAAGAGAAACUGAAUGAGGUUUCACAGUUUUUUCGUGACAAAACAGAAAAGCUGAAUGGUGAGCUGCAGUCCCCGGAGAAGAAGGCUCUCAAGAGAGUUCCGAGGGAAACUCAAUCUGGACCUAGUUCUGCUUGCACCAGUCCAGAGAAAACACAGCUUAAGACUGCCAUGAGUAAUAAAGAAUGGAAUAAUGAAAGAAAGUGUGCCAGCUUGCCAAGCAGCCCAGAAAGACACAUUUAUGGUAGAAAAACUAAGGAAGGAAAUGACCUUCAGGACAACCAGAAAGGUGAGGACAUCAAGUCUUUCCAGUUGCAAAUGUCCAAAGUGAGCUGUGCGAAGCUGAAGUUUGAAUCUGAUGCUCAAAAGCAAGAAACAACUUUUCAAACGGCAAAAACAAAACCUCCAGUAAAAAAAGCGAGAGAAAGUAAACUUCCUGUGUAUCAACUUUUUGGUGGAACAAAGGCUACCAAAUUAGCAGAAAGGCAGACCUCAGAGGAAGACAGUGAAUACCAGACGAUGGUUGAAAAAGAUUCCGAUAUAAUUAGACUACUGGUCUCUCCCAAACAAUUAGGUGAAAAAUUAAAAAACAUAACAGAUGACCAUUCUUCCCAAAACUUGCAGGAAGCAAAUAACAAGGAAAUGGGUGAAAAAGGGAACAAAAUGACACUGGAUAGUCAACAAUAUAGUUUUAAAUCUGAAAAUGAUACCUCACUUCAUGAUGCUUUCAAAGCUUACAAAAAAGAAGCAUGCCAAGAUUCAAAAUAUCGAAGAGCAUCUGAAGAAAUUUUAAUUGGUUCCUCAACAGAAGCAGUUAGUUUCCCUGAAGCUGUGAACACUGAUAAUGCUUCAAAAAAUACCUUUAAAAAAAAGAUGGAAUCUCAGAUUCCUGUCAAGAUGACAGCUAAUGCCAGAAAUACUUCUCAGUCUGGAAAGUCAAACACUAUAUCCUCUGAGAUAUCUGGAAACAGACACAAAGGGAAUUUUACAUCCCGGGGUGAGUCUAUCAGUUCUCCAGAUUCUCCAGAUUCUCUAGAACACUGCUUAGCAAAAAACACACAUUCAGAUCAUACCAAUCGUAGCAGUACACAUACUGGCAAAACAACACCCAUAGUAACAUCAGAAAUCAAAACGUUACCAGUCUAUGUCACUAUUCAAGUGGACAAGCAGUAUGAGAAAGAAACAGCAAUUGGGCAGCAGGCAACUUACAAGAAAAUAGUCAGUCAGGAAAGCCACACACUCCAUGAGACACUGGGAACAAUUUAUACUGUAAAACAAAAGCAAACAUCUUCUCCCCAAGGCAGCCCUGAAGAUGACACACUAGAGCAAGUUUCUUUUAUGGAUAGUUCCGGCAGAAGUCCUCAGACUCCAGAAACGCCUAGUUCUGAAGAAGUGAGCUAUGACCUCACUUCUAGAAUACCAGAGGCAACCAUUGGUUUCAUAACAGGAAAAACCAGUCCAAUUCCAGAAGUUUCUGAGGAAUCAGAAGGAGAGGAGCAUGGCAAAUUAUCGCCAGAGAAGACAAAACAGUCAGAGUCAACAACCCGAAAGUAUGAGAUUGGAAGGAAAACAAAUGAGAAAAGAGUUGCAUAUAUUGAGUUUCCUCCGCCACCACCUCUGGACCAAGAAUCACACCAAUGUAAUUACAUCUCAUCAUCUAAGGCUGACACUGAAUUGAUGGAAGUCAACCUCCAAGAGGAGCAUGACAAGCACCUUCUCGAGGAACCUAUUAUUAGAGUCCUACCUCCAACUCCCUUGCCCACAGGAGCAGAUGACAGCAACUCAAGUGAUGACGAAUCAGUCUUUCAGCCCAUCUCUUUUAAGAAGUACACCUUUAAAAUUCCUGAGGAGGAAGGGGAAAAGCAUUCCAAACAGAAGAAGCCUGAAAAGAAUGGACACGCAAAAGUAACAGACGCCAAUGGUGAUACAAAAGGAGAUGAUUUUGAAUUGGAGCAGAAUGGGAAUGAUCCAUCCAUUACAGACUGUUCAAUUGCCACAACUGCAGAGUUUUCUCAUGAUACAGAUGCCACAGAAAUAGAUUCCCUUGAUGGAUAUGAACUGCCAGAUGAGGAUGAUGGAUUAAGUGAACAAGGCUCAAAAUCUGCAAGUUUUCCCAAGGACAGUAGAAAAAGUAGAUGGUCAGCAGAGAGUUCCAUAAAGUCAUGCGAUCGGUCCUUUAGCCAGACAAAGCUUGAGGUUAUUGAGGAAGAGGAGAAGGUAGUAAAUGACGGAGGGGAGGAAACAAAAGAAAACGGUGAUUCUGCAGAAAUUAAAUCAGAAGUUAGCAAAGAUGAGGAAACACUAUACUCUUUGGAGGGUAGACACCCUGACAGACCAGGAUUUUCAAAUAGCUACUUUAGCUACAAUCUAGAGGAGGAGUUUAAUACUCCCUUCAAAACUGUUGCCUCAGAAGGUUUGGACUUCGAUCCCUGGUCCACCAAAGGUGAAGAUGAUGGAAACUUUGAUAGUAAAACAAAAGAUGAAGAGCCUAAGCCUUUUGGAUUAGCUGUGGAGGACAGAUCCCAAGCAACUACACCAGAUACAACCCCUGCUAGAACUCCAACCGAUGAAAGUACUCCAACUAGCGAGCCAAACCCUUUCCCCUUCCACGAAGGGAAGAUGUUUGAGAUGACUCGCAGUGGUGCAAUUGACAUGAGCAAGCGGGAUUUUGUUGAAGAAAGACUUCAGUUUUUUCAGAUUGGUGAGCAUUCCUCUGAAGGGAAGUCAGGGGACAGAGGGAAAGGGGUAAAAAGUCCAGGGGUAGUUAACGCACAGUCACUUAUAGGGGAGAAAGUUGCAAGUAUAAAGGUAGAUGCCCUCACUGACACUAAAACAGACAAGUGCGGGCUAACUGAGAUCGGCACUGAUUGUCUUGACAUAUCAUGUGGUGAUAACAUAGCAGAGACAUCCUCAUGUAUGGUAAUGGCUUCUAAACUUGAUUCUAAAUCACAUACUCCCAUUAGAAUGGGAAUAGCAGCGUCCAUUGCUGUGAAAAAAGAGGCUAGUUCUGGGGAUGUAACAAAUAAUAAAUUUCCAGGGGACAUAGAAAUAGAUGCAGAGAGUCAGCUUUACAAACACAGAAGUGCAGAAUCUCCUGUUAGAAAAGAUUUCCCUGCAGAGAACUCCAACAACAACAAUAACUUCGAGUCUUCAAAUAUUCAAGCUAAUUAUAUUCAAUGUGGCAGCAUAGUAUUCAGUUUACAGUCAUCCUCAAAGCCAUCGCUACAACAAGCUAGUAGGAUAGAGGCAUUUUUUGGUCCUGAAACAGAGCAGGUUAAGGGAAACGUUAUGAAUUGUGAGCAAGAAAAGAAUAACGAGACCAAGCAAAAAGAGGUGAAGCAGCUAAAAUCAAGACUGCCAAUUAAAGCAUCUGGCUUUUCCUCCCAAAUGCAGAGUACACCGGCUGGAAACUCAAAACAUAUAGUCAAACCUGAAGAAAAAAAUAGAUACAUGCGGAAAAGAGUAGACCCUUUUGCAGCCGUUGAACCCAAAUCUAGAAUUCCAGUAAAGGAGUUUAAAAGGAGUAAUGCAAGCAAUCCAGUACAGGGUGUGUCCAGGUCCUUAAAACCUGAAAUAGAAAGACCAAGGCAGUUGCCUACCAAGAUGCCAGUUAAGAGAUCUACAUUAAGCAGCAGUUCAGUUUCUAACCCAGACAAUAAUCACUUAAAUGAGGUCUGUAAAUGCUCCAUCGAGUACUUUAAGGGCAUUAGUGGACAGACAUUAAAAAUUGUGGACCGCCUUUCUGAUGAAGAGAAAAAGAUGCAGUCAGAAAUAUCCGAUGAAGACAGCACAUCAAGAAGCACCUCAUUGUCAGAAGCCUCUCAACCAUCUUUCACACCGAGGUCUGCUAGAGACCUGAAAACUGAGCCUAUAGGAGCGAAAGCUGGAAAGGUCUGCAGUGAGAGAAGGAGAAGUAGGCGGACUGGGAAUGAAGGCAGUCAGGUUGCUGGGCCCUUUGGGAGCCCCGCCGUGGAGAUCGAGCCUAGACCUCAGAGCCCCUGCGAGAGGACUGACCUUAGGAUGGCUAUUGUAGCUGAUCAGUUGGGCCUGAGCUGGACAGAGCUGGCCAGGGAAAUGAAUUUUUCUGUUGAUGAAAUAAAUAACAUUAGAGUGGAGAACCCUAAUUCAUUGGCAGCUCAGAGUUUCAUGCUGUUAAAGAAAUGGGUUGGCAGAGAUGGUAAAAGUGCUACAACGGACGCCUUAACAGCAGUGCUGACCAAAGUCAAUCGAAUGGAUAUUGUAACUCUACUAGAAGGCCCAAUAUUUGACUAUGGAAACAUUUCAGGCACCCGAAGUUUUGCAGAAGACAAUGCUGUUUUCCUGGACCAGGCUAAUGGUUACCCCAGCAAUGAAAUGGAACUGCAGCCUUCCAUACAGCUGAGUCAUGAGCACAUCCCUCUCUGGAAUGAUGAUGUCAUUAGUGAAGACCUUAGCAUAGACCCUUCUAGUACAAAAACGUGUAGACGCAAAGAAACCUGCAGCACAGCUACAGAUGAAAAGCCCCCUGAUACCAUCACCAAGGACAUUUGUCCUGAUGGUCCAGAAGUUGAAGGUGAAGAUAAGAACUCCAGAGAAGAAGACCUUGACCUUAGUUGCAAAUCUUGUAGCCCCUCGGGCUUUCGUGAUUUUGCAACUGUGAUAAAAGAGCAAGGUCUGUUAUUUGAUCGAGGGCAGAAUGAAGACAUAUUAGGAGGACAAUCCUUGGAGGGUGAUGUGGAUGUUGCCCUUCACGCCUGGGCCUUUGCAGAGGGAGAGGGAUGUGACUAUGGUUCUGACAAGGAAGACGACGAAAUAACAGAGAAAUUUAAAUCUUGUUUAGAAGAUGCAGAGGAAAGCUCAAAUGGUUGGAACGGUGGGAGUACAAAUUCAAAUAUGGAGCCGUCCACCUCAAAGUGUUCGUUGAGCUCUGAAACGACAAAUCAACAUGAUAACAGACAUACUGGGAGUCACAAGCAAAAUGGAAAGCAUACGGAAAAUUCACCUGUGAUGCAGGAAUCAACUAACGAGGUUACAAGACAUGAUGAAAGAGUGGGAUCAGGCUGUGAGAAGGCGACCGCUGAGUCAAAGGUCAGAGUUCAGCAGGAAGAAGAAUCUGUGUUGAACAAGAGGGAAGGGAGGCCUGGAGAUAAAAAGAUUUACUCAUAAUAGUCACUCUCUCUUUGGUAUGUGCAUUCUUACUUUACUGUAGGGUUAGGGGAGCUCAAGUAAAGACAGACUGUGGGAACUGUGGAAUCUGGAAUUAUCCAAAAACCCAUCAAGAAAUUCAUUAUCAGGGACAUGGGUGGGUUCGCUGGGUAGCACUGUGACCUCAAACCUCGAGGGUUCGAAGUUUGAAUCCUGCUCUUGCUUUGUAUGUGUGCAUGUGGGUUUCCCUUUGGGUACUCCGGUUCCUCCCACAGUCCAAAGACAUGCCUUUAGGUGAAUUGGUACCUCCAAAUUGCCCUUUGUGUGUGACCAUCCUCUCCUGCCCCCCUACUUUUGUACCCUAUAAUUUCUGGGAUGGAUGGAUCACAGAAAUGUUCAAGUAUUUUAACUUGCAAAGCAACGGUGAAAGACUUUAGGCUUAGAAAUUCGUGGCAAGUGGGAUUUUUAUGAACUGUCCACUUUCUGGGAUAACUGAACGGGGUAUAUGUCAGACGUCAGUGACUGACGGCACAUGCUGAUCUCUCCCACUGUGUUUUUCUCUGUCAAAAAUGCUGUGCUCUAUAUCUUAGACAAUGAUUUUAGUCAGGACUGUUUUAAUACAAUUAACACUGGGAGAUGGCAGCAUUUUGAAUGAAUAACAGUGGCCAAUUAUAUCUUGAAGCAAGAUACGGUGCAGGAAGAUUUGAGGAUGCUUGAAUGAGUAUGGGGCUGCAUGUUGGCUCAGUGGGUAUCACUUUUGCCAGACACCUCCAAGGUUGGGGGGGGUUAAUCGUUUCUCUGCUGUGCAUCAGUGGUGUUUGCAUGUUCUCUCUUUGAUGCAUGAAUUUCCUGCGGGUGCUCUGAUUUCCUUCCACAGUUCAAAGAGAUGCAGUUAGUGUCAAUUGGUGUCUCUAAAUUGACCGUAGGACAUGAUUGUAUUUGUGCAUGUAUGUGCCCUGCGCUGGACUGGCAUCCUGUCCAGGGUGUAACUCAGCCUUGUGCCAUGUGCUGCCUCGCUUCCUAUUGAGGACCUGGACCAUGGUGUGGAUACCUGGAAAACACCAGUAGAGACAUGGAAAGGACCAUGACUGCAACAGAUAAGACAUUUCCUGUUACCAAGAUGGAAGAAACACUCGGAAACUGAAUUACUCCUUAAUCACUCUCUACACUCGCCUUAUGUUUCUUCUUGAAACCACAAUGUCAGGGUGUAAAUGUUCUUUCUUUUAAAAAGGUUAUUAGGGAUUUUACUGUAUGUAAAUGUUCUUGUAAAAUAGUCUAAAAUAGUUUACAGCACUGAAUCUUAUGCUCUGGACAUAAUUUAGUUCCACUUAUAAAAAAAAAAAAUCACAAUAAAUUCACAUUCUUGUAUAAAUAUAAUAGCAAGUAUACUGUUUAUAAAUGGGGGAAGAAAGCUAGGUUCAUUUUGACAAAAAAAUCCUUCAAAUGUACUCUAACAUUUUUGAGAUUAUGGAAAUGGGAAUAUUUAUUAUUCAGAAUGUUCAUUUAUUCAGACUAUUUUGGUGCAUGCAACUUAUUUUAAAAACAUUUUUUUCUAAGUUAUGUUUUAGGUUACUGCUAUCACCAUACUAAGGAUUUAAAAAGUAGAAAACCUCAUAUUCCAUUCGUAACAUGUCAGCUCCAACAAUUUCAAACUGUUCUUAAAAUUCCCACUGUGGAAAAAAAAAAUAUAUAUAUAUAUACAUACAUACAUCAUUUCAUUUUCUCUUGAAACAGUCUACUGGAGGAGUUCCAUUUUCAAUAUAUAGCCAACUGACAGAUUGUACUGAUGAAGGUGUAAUUACUGUAAGAGGUGAAUUAUAUGUAUAGACUCGCAUACUACAUCAUGUAUGUAAAUGUGUUAUGUAUUGACUAAGCUGUAGAAGUUUCUGUCAAUCAUUCAUAGUCAUCCUAGCAUUGUGUUACUUUUUCACGCUGAUGUUUUACAAAAAGGAUUUAUUUGAAUCUGUUCAUAUUAGAAGAUCCCAGAGAAUUUUGUUGCUUGUAGUGCUAAUGUGUACGGCACAACUACAAUCGUUCAUGUAACUAAUUUUAGCGUAAAUCAUUUUUAAACUUAAAACAUCGCGUGUUCUUCCAGAAAUGAGAAUAUGUAUAUGCCGCACCUUACACUCUUGACUUGUUGCAAGUCACAUUAUAAAACUAGUCCAUAUUGUACAUUUUCCUCCCAGAUUCUUUUUUAACUGAAUACCUCUUUAAAUAUUUGUUUUUAAGAUGUGAAGAUUUGCCAAGCUUUUGCUGCUGUAAUUGUGAUAAUGUAUGAAAAACAUUACUUCAACUUUUCGAGUGCGUGAGGUAAUUGUAGACCAUCACUGUCAUUCUUUAGAACUGUAAAGUAUGGGAUGAAGGAAUUUUUAAUAUGAUAAAUGGUUUGCUUAUUUUGUGUUAUUCAAGAAAAAUAUACAAUGUAUCAUUCUUACAUGAAAAAGCUGUUUGAUAUAGCUCUUGAGAUACCUAAGGCAACUGCUUAUGUUGUACUUUUGCGUUAUUCCAUUUCAGUGACAUGACUGCAUUACACAUAGCCUUGUAAAUAUACAGAAUUGGACAGGGUUGCCUUUGCAAACCAUUUAUCUCGUUUCCUUUCUUGUCCUUUUUUAUUCUUGCUUUCUUACAAUCAGACACAAACCAUGAAUUAUAACUAUAAGUCAUUAUUAUAAUAAAUGUACUUAGUUCCAAGAGUAUGAAGCUUAUUUUGGUGUUAUUGUUAAGCUAUUGAAGCCCCAAAAUAGCUCGUCUAAGAACUAUUUUCAAAUAGCACAGUGACGCUGUUAUUUUAAGUAGCACAUUGUGCGGUCAAACUUCAGCCAGUGUUCAUUGUUAUUACUGUUAAUUUUAUAUAUGACAUGUCACGGAGUUUAUGUAAAUUAUUCAUCAAAUGUAUUGUAAAGCACUGUUUUUGAAUAAAAUACCCAAAUAAAGUGAAAUAAAAACC